AUGUCUACCCCACCAAGGCACAGCAGCGGGAUCAAAGUAAUUAUCGUCGGUGCUGGCUUCGGUGGCUUGACCGCAGCAAUCGAGUGUCACCGGCAAGGUCACGAUGUCGUGAUUUACGAAUCGUUCCCGGAACUGAAGCAACUCGGAGACAUCAUCUCCUUUGGACCAAAUGCCGGUCGGAUCUUUCAUCGGUGGUCCAAUGGCGAUGUCGUUUCAAGGCUGCGUCCCUUGAGCAUAAACCUUGAAAGCUACGGCUUUAGGAUCCACAAGUGGGAUACUGGAGAAGUAGUCUUGACUCAGAGAAGACCACCUCCCGAUCCCGAGGCGCCGGUUCUGAAUGGCCACAGAGGCGAGCUUCAUGAGGUGGUUUUCAAUUACGCGCGAGACGAGUUGAAGAUCCCCAUUCAUCUGGGAGAGCCGGUUGUUGAUUACUUUGAAAGCCAAGGCGGCGCUGGUAUUCAACUUCAGGACGGCAGGAAGAUCGAUGCCGAUGUAGUGAUUGCAGCCGACGGUGUUCGGUCUAAAGCGAGGGAGCUUGUCCUAAAACACAAGGAAAAGCCAGUUAGCAGUGGCUACGCCGUAUGGCGGGCGUGGCAAGCCAUAGUCUCGUUGGAGCAAGUGAUCAAGUUCUCUGCCGACGCCCUGCUCGCAGACCCUAGAACAAGGGAGUUCUGCGAGAAUGGCGACACAUUCAACGGUUGGAUCGGACCGGACGCCCACUUCCUGUUCUCGACUAUCAAAGGCGGCAAAGACGCCUCUUGGGUGCUGACACACAAAGACGAGUACGAUAUUGACGAGUCGUGGUCGCUCCCUGGGAAGCUGGAGGAUGUGUUCAAAGCGCUGGAAGGUUGGGACCCGCUUUGCAAGGUGAUUGUAGAGAAGACCCCGUCACUGGUUGACUGGAAGCUGGUCUACCGGGAUGCCUUGCCGAACUGGGUCAGUAGCGACGGCAGAAUUGCACUACUCGGAGAUGCGGUGCAUCCAUUUCUUCCAACGAGUGUCCAAGGAGCUACGCAAGCAAUGGAGGACGGUGUAACGAUCGCCAUCUGCUUGAGACGCGCUGGCAAAGACAAGAUUUCAACAGCUCUCAAGACGUACCAAGAGAUGCGGUAUGAGCGUGUGAAAGCGGUGCAGCAAACCGGACUGUCAACCCGCGAUCUUUGGCACAAGACGGAUUGGAACAAGGUCAAGGAGAACCCGCAGAGUAUUGCACUGCCGAGGGAAGACUGGAUUCUUGAGUUCGAUGCAGAGAAGCACGCAGAAGAGGCAUUCGAAAGUCUGUUGAAGCCUGGUCUCUAUAUUCCCUCAAGAUGA